GCGCGUGCGCUUGAGGUCGGUCUCCGCCCCCCGGGCUUUCGUAGGCCGGUGGCUCGCUGCUCGAAUAAAUCUAAUAAGAAAUGUAUACGAUCUAUAAGAGAAAAAUAAUGAAGCUCACCUGAAGGGCAUAAAAGAAGACCUGAACAAGCAGGGCAACUGGCUACAUUUCUGAAUGAGAAGACUUGGCAUUGUAAAGAUGUCUGUUCUCUAAAAUGGAUCCCCAAAUCCACAAAUUCAAUGCCUUUCCAAUGAAAUUAUCAACAGCAUUAUUUUAGUGCAAUGGGAAGAGUAGAUUCUAAGAUUUAUAUGAAAGAUAAAAGCCUUAUGGUAAAGAAAAUUUUGUAGGAAAAUAAAAGGAAGGGAUCCCUUCCCACCAGAUAUCAAAAAACUGAAAAGUGCCAACUGAAAGAAUGCAGUAUCUACAGGAAUGGACAGAGAGACAUCCAGCUCAUAGACAGAGCUGAGGCCAAGGCAGGCAGAGUACCAACAGCCACUUUUACAUUCAGACAGUCCGUUGCUGACAGAGGCAGCAAAAUAAAAAGAAAGAAAAGAAAGAGAGAGAGAGAAAAGGAAAGAAGGAAGGGAAGAAGGAAGGAAAGAAAGAAGGAAGGAAGGAGGAAGGAAGGAAGGAGGAAGGAAAGAAGGAAAGAAAGAAAAAGCACCCAAAUGUGCCACUUCCCAUCUUUGUCCCAUGCACCAGAAAGGAUGCCACCCAACCAAAGAGAGCUGGAUGCCUGCACCUCAAGUCACCCCAAGGCAUCACCUCUGGCUGGGAGCCCAUUCUAGAUGGCAGCUGCACCCCGGGGGCAGGGACAGAAAGCCCCACAUCUGGGAACCAGGGAUGCGGGGAAACCCGCCUGAUGCCCCCCGGGCAGAUGUGGAAGAGAGCGUGCGGUGGCCUCAGAGCAGCUCCUCACAAGUCCAGCCUCGGUUCCUGGAGCACCACGAAGUGUUCUGACAGGCUCAGAUUAGCUGCGGUCCCAGACUUGGCCUGGUGGCCUUUGAGGACACCUGCAAGGUGACCAGAGCAGAGCCGUUCCCUCACAACGGAGAAAUAACAAUAAUGGAGCAUAAACUGUGGUGCAGUUAUCAAUACAAAUCAGUGGGGAAAAGAUAGCCAACAAACGUUAGACUCCUACCUCAUACUAUACACAAGCAAAUUCCAGAGGGGCCAAAGUGCUGAACAUUUUUAAAAUAUUGGAAAAAUAUUACAAGGAAAUGUGGGAGAACAUUUUUCUAAUUUCGGGUGGGAAAUCCUUUUUUAAAAAAUUUUUUAUUUAUUUAUUUUUGGCUGCGUUGGGUCUUUGUUGCUGCGCGCGGGCUUUCUCUAGUUGCAGCGAGCUGGGCUACUCUUCGUUGCUGUGCGUGGGCUUCUCAUUGCGGUGACUUCUCGUUGCGGAGCACGGGCUGUAGGCACGCGGCCUUCAGUAGUUGUGGCGUGCGGGCUCAGUAGUUGUGGCGCACGGGCUUAGUUGCUCCGCAGCCUGUGGGAUCCUCCAGGACUAGGGCUCGAACCCGUGUCCCCUGCAUUGGCAGGAGGAGUCCCAACCACUGUGCUACCAGGGAAGCCCCCAGAAAUGCUUUUCUUAACAAGACACGAGCUUCAAAAAAAGAAAGCAAGACAAAUUCAUAAAAAAGAAGUACUUCUGUGUGUUAAAAGACAACAUUGAUCAAGCCAUGUGUUUAGCAAUAGGUAAUACAGCAUAUUCAACAAAAAAAGGAUUAAUAGAUAUUAUGGAUGGAAUAUAAAAAUAGUUUAUACAAAUUGAAAAGUAGAAGACAAUUCAAUAACAAAACAGUUAAGUAAUAUAAACAAAUCAUCCUGAGAAAAAGGAAUACAAAUAACCAUAAACAUAUGAAAAGGUGUCCAGCACUUUGCAAUUCAAAUGACAAUGAGAUGACAGAUAAGCAAAAGUUAUAAAUAUUCAUCAGCUCAAGGAUGGGCCAGCAUGGAGUCAAACUCCUAAUGACGCUGGAAGGAUUAACUGGUGAAGCCAUUUGAAGGGGCCAGUGUAGUCCUGUCUGCACAAUCGUAACAUGUGCCCAGCAUUGGACCUAGCAAUUCAGCCUCUAGGAAGCAUCCAGAAGAAACACAUGCACGUGUUGACCCUGGUAAAAGGCCAAGAUUUAUAACGGGAAAACGGAAACUGCCCAGAUGACCAUCAAUACGAAAUUGGUUUAAAAAUAUUUCAGCGUAUCCAUUUGGAGAGGUCUCACUGGCCACUCCUUCUCUCUCCCUCUGCUGGAUCCCAGCAGAGCUCAUAUUUCCAGAUGGUAGUCAGGGAAGGCAGUGACCAAAGCCUGAGGGUGGCCUGGGCACGAGUGGCAAUGCCAUUGGCUAAGCCACCUGCUCCCUCUCCUCUGGUUCCCAGACUCAAGGGGGCCUCUCCUCCUUAGGACAUGAAUUUGGAAGACCCUGUGACCCUGCCCUGGGAACUGGAAGUGGCAAAGUGGCAAAGUCUGCGGUGAUAAGGCGAUUGGGCUGUCGCUAUGGUGAUGGGGAUGGAGGCCUUUUGCCAUCAGCCCCAGUUUUCUGCAUGGCAGCUCUAAUGACAGGAUGGUCAGCCCUGCAAAGGCUGGAGGGUGUGAGCGCAGAGGCCUGUUCCUGGUUGCCAUGGCAGUGUGGGCCCUCGCAGGAGUGCAGAGAGCCCUGGCAGGAGAAUUCCCCACUCCACACCUGGUCAGAGCAGGAAGUGUUGGGCCGUGACUGAGCCUCAGGGAAGCAGGUUGGGGUGUGAGAAAAGAACAGUCGCCCACAGCUUAAUUACUCAAAAGCUGUCCCCCAGCCACAGGAGGAAGGAGGACCUUUUCUGCUGAGUCUGUCUAGAGAAUACCACGCCGUCACAGCUCAGCACAGCCCGGAGAGGAAGCUGACCAGUGCUGACCAGCUCUGGAGCCCGGCAAUGGCCCUGCCUCGACCAUACCUGGCCUGACAAGGCCUCAGUGGGGAAGGGUCCCGACUGGGACCCAGAAGAGAAGGCUGGCAGGCUUGCUGGAGAACAAUGAAAAGGAGGAAACUCUGUGAUUGAACCUCAAGCCAGAAACCAGCCAGAAGGUGGACCAUAUUCUACCAGACACUCGGGCCGGCUGUGACCCUUGGUUGGGAGAAGCCUGGGGAUAUUUCUGCCUUGGAAGCCCGUUGGGGGACACUGAGGGGUUCCAGCUCCCCCGGGCGGGCUGCGGUACAAAUGCUGGAUGACAGAGCCAGGAUGGAGAUCGCCAAGAAGGAAAAGGUGGAACAGAUCCUGGCGGAGUUCCAGCUGCAGGAGGAGGACUUGAAGAAGGUGAUGAGGCGGAUGCAGGAGGAGAUGGACCGAGGCCUGAGGCUGGAGACCCACGAGGAGGCCAGUGUGAAGAUGCUGCCCACCUACGUGCGCUCCACCCCGGAAGGCUCAGAAGUCGGGGACUUCCUCUCCCUGGACCUGGGCGGCACCAACUUCAGGGUGAUGCUUGUGAAGGUGGGGGAAGGGGAGGAGGGACAGUGGAGUGUGAAAACCAAGCACCAGAUGUACUCCAUCCCCGAGGACGCCAUGACGGGCACUGCUGAGAUGCUCUUUGACUACAUCUCUGAGUGCAUCUCCGACUUCCUGGACAAGCAUCAGAUGAAGCACAAGAAGCUGCCCUUGGGCUUCACCUUCUCCUUUCCUGUAAGGCACGAAGACAUCGACAAGGGCAUCCUUCUCAACUGGACCAAGGGCUUCAAGGCCUCAGGAGCAGAAGGGAACAACAUCGUGGGGCUCCUGCGAGAUGCCAUCAAACGGAGAGGGGACUUUGAGAUGGACGUGGUGGCGAUGGUGAACGACACUGUGGCCACGAUGAUCUCCUGCUACUACGAAGACCGCCGGUGUGAGGUUGGCAUGAUUGUGGGCACGGGCUGCAACGCCUGCUACAUGGAGGAGAUGCAGAACGUGGAGCUGGUGGAAGGGGACGAGGGCCGCAUGUGUGUCAACACCGAGUGGGGUGCCUUCGGGGACUCGGGCGAGCUGGACGAGUUCCUGCUGGAGUACGACCGUGUGGUGGACGAGAACUCCCUGAACCCCGGCCAGCAGCUGUACGAGAAGCUCAUCGGAGGCAAGUACAUGGGCGAGCUGGUGCGGCUCGUGCUGCUGAAGCUUGUGGACGAGAACCUGCUCUUCCACGGGGAGGCCUCGGAGAAGCUGCGCACGCGCGGCGCCUUCGAGACACGCUUCGUGUCGCAGGUGGAGAGUGACUCGGGCGACCGCAAGCAGAUCUACAACAUCCUGAGCACGCUGGGGCUGAGGCCGUCGGCCACCGACUGCGACAUCGUGCGCCGCGCCUGCGAGAGCGUGUCCACCCGCGCCGCGCGCAUGUGCUCCGCGGGGCUGGCGGGCGUCAUCAACCGCAUGCGCGAGAGCCGCAGCGAGGACGUGAUGCGCAUCACCGUGGGCGUGGACGGCUCAGUGUACAAGCUGCACCCCAGGUGGGCCCGCUCGGCUGUCUGCACCUCCCCGCCGGGUCCAGCCUCCCUCUUCUUCAAGGAGCGGUUCCACGCCAGUGUGCGCAGGCUGACGCCCAGCUGUGAAAUCACCUUCAUCGAGUCGGAGGAGGGCAGCGGCCGGGGUGCCGCCUUGAUCUCCGCGGUGGCCUGUAAGAAGGCCUGCAUGCUGGGCCAGUGAGAAUAAAGGCUGCAAGGCAAGGAGGAGACUGUGGCCGCUACUAGACCUGGGCCCCAGGGGAUACACUCCCUACAGGUCCCCCCAACCUGGUCCAGUCAAGAGGCUUCUCCUUGUAAGGACCUUGGAUGCCUCCCAUCCCCGCUGUCACCCCAGGAAAUGGGGAGAGCUUCUCUGGGGAUGUGGUGAGGCCCUGGGCAGGCCUCUUCUCUCAGGGUCAGUUGGUAGGAUAGCCCUAGGGCCCUGACUGGGUUGGGGGCUGAGAUGAACAGGAAUGGAGAACCCCCAAAGUACCUCGCCUUUCUUGCUGCAAUCAAGGGCCCAGAAGGGAGUUAUUAACUCAGGAUUUUGUUGCAUUUCUGCACUGCUUGCCUCUUGGAGCUUUCAGCCUGGCUCAGCUCUGGCUCUGGGAAGGGGGUGCCCUCUGGACCCUACUAUGGCCUGGUUUCCCUGGGAACCCAACCCACAUGGGGAGGCAGCCCUCAUGACCUGGCCAGACCUAGACCUGGGUUCCACAGGGGGCCCCGGGGAGCUGCUGAUCAUCCAGGCCUGGGAAAUGGAAGGGACCAGCUCCAUGUUGGAGGCUGUGGGUACCCCAAGGCCUGGAGAUGGCAGCCUUUUCCCUCCCAUCCUGCCAUCCCUGAGUGGUUUCUGGUUCUGGGAUGGACCCUCACAGGAAGUGCAAGAGACAGAGUCCCCAAAGCCCCUGCCCAGAGGGGCCCAGGAAGAGGAGGAGUCCCCCUACCCACAGACAGGCCUGGGAGCAUCUCCGGGAUCGAGUCCUCGGCUCCCAUGGCGCUGGGCACUCAGAAACCCCAGCACCACUCAGCACACCCCCAAGGGACAACCCAGGCCUCUUUCUUCUCACCAGACCUCCAUGUACCACACCAACCUCUCCAUGUCCAACCUGGGACUGUGUGGGUUUUUUUAAUUAAA